AUGGUAUCCACACGAUCAAAGAUCCUUGAAGCCUCCGGAUCGGAUCGAAAUGCCACCAAGGCCGAGACUUCGGAGAAGAGGACCGUCGAAGACGGCCGAGCAAGCAAGUCUAGCGAAGCAGAAAAGGAGGGCUUGAUCCAGCAGAUCUUGGACUCUUGGAGCUACUCUAUCGAUGACCUAGAAGCAUGGCUUCCACAGUACGAAGCUCCCAAAAGAGCCCACCAGUGGGAAACAAAGCUCCUACACGAACUAGUCUACAUCGCUAGUCUUCACAACCCUGUGGUCGCCCGAGAACACAUCAUCACCCAGCGGAAACUGCGAAUUUGCCGACGCCGCACAGCCUCAGGUCAAACAAGACCAUAUGACAACGAGCAAGUCACCGAAACCGAUGUUGUCGAUGCUUGCUUAGCCAUCGCACAAGCGCCCGGUGCUGCCAGGCCCGAUCCAGAAGACCUCGAGCAACUCGCCGGCUUCGACGAGACCCGUUCGAGCUCUGAGCUUUACGAUGAUGGAGACGUAGACGCCGAAGAAGCCAACGCCAUAGGUCACAGCGGCAUCAACCAAAACCCAGUACUUGCCACCACCGAGAACAAUUCUCCCCCUCACCGACCCGCCCGUCAUCCCGCGCGGCUCCCUGUGUUUCGCCGCCCGGUCAAUACCGUAUCUCGGUCUCGUGCCAGCUCCCCACAGACCUACGUGGCGGGCCAAGUCAUGACCAAGGCACGCCGUCUCAGUGAUAUCACGCUGGACGAAACCAUCUCGCAGCUCGACCUCAUGGAGCUGGAGCACCACCUGGACGCGGUUGAGGCUGACGAGGUCGACAAAGGCAUGGUGCAAUGCUAUAAGGUGCAGUGCCACCGGUCGGAGCGCAAUGCCAUCGCGGCGGUGAGAGCUGGGCAAGUACCAAACGCGCACAUGUCUAGGUCGCUGGAGUAUACCGCUCGUGCUGAGGAGAGGGAAGCUUACCGUCGCCAGAGGCGGGUUGAUCACUAUAGGCGGAUUUUGGAGAUUAGGAAGAGGAAGCAGGCAGAUGAGGUUGCGCGCCAGAGAAGGAGAUAG